GCUUAUAUCACUUGCCUGCCUUCUCAGACUGAGAUAGGAAGGACGAAUACUUAUUGUAUUUUCAGUCAUCUAGCUUAAAUGAUUGUGCUAAAUAGAUGUUCGAAAGUUGUUUGUGUUGACAGAUAAUAAACAAGAAUUACUUAGUUGGUGUCUCUCUUAAAUUAUGAUGGAGAUUUUAAAAGUUUCAACAAGCUAGAAAUUGUAUCCCCAACACAUUAAAAGAAUAUUAACACAAUGUUUUUAUUUUUAUCAUCGUUGUUAUUGUUAAUGCAUUGUGCAUGAAACUUGAUGUCUUAGCUUUUCCCCCUAAUGUAGAUUUGUGCUUUGUUAAAUUUGUUUGUAGUACAAAGUUUUGUUUUCCUUUGUUGUAAAAUUAUUUUAUAUUUUUUUCAGUCAAUAUAAAAUCAGCAUGAGUAAUCUUGUGCAUAGUUUACAAGUUUUGAACUUAUUUAGAGCAAGUGCAUGUCUGUGACAACAUUUCCACUUGUAAAGAUAGUAAAUAUUUACAGAUAUGUAAUAAUUGUUUACCAUUUAAUGGCUAUAUUUCUUUAGAUCUUAUUAAUAUUAUUUGCUGUUUAACUUAAUGUUCACCAGCAAGGUAGUAAUGUUGAAACUGGAGUGGUAAGGAGUAUUAUUUUUAUUAUUAGCAUAAAAAUAAACUUUAUCAUAUAUCGAUUUCAGAGAUAACUGUAUAUGCAUACAAAUGGUUGUGAGUAAAAACCUACAUUUAACAUUGAUAUUAAACCUAAAACUUUUAAGUUCAGAUCCACUGACUUAAGGUGUGAAGCAGCAGCUGUUAUUCUGUUCUGUCUUUUAGUUAAAAGUGGCAUUGGUUGUGGUGAGUCAUGCACUGGUCAUGCUGUGAAACUGGCUGUCCAGGGACUGGAGUUUUAAAAGACCUUAUUGAGGAGCAGAAGCAUAGUGUCUGAUUAGAAAACAAAGCAAAAAAACUUAUGAUCAUAUCAUAAAACAAAUAGCAUACAAUGUGUGGUUUUCACAAGAAUUAUUUUAACUAUUUUUAAUGAUAAGAUUGAAAUAGUGUUUUGUAUUCGGCAUUUAAAAUUUAAUCUCACUUCAGGUUUUAAAAAAUUUGGGGCAUUCCCUCCUUUCCUGCAUUGUAUAUAAAUUUUUUUAAAUAUUUAAUGAAUAAGAUUUCCAUGGGUUUACAUCUUCUGUAAUCAAGAGUACUUUUUUGCACACUUCUCAGUUCAUGUUUUUGUCACUGAGUCAUCUAUUUGCUGACAUGUUUCUUGGCUGUCAGUUCCUUUGUGGUCUUUUAUGUGCAGCACAUUGAGUUUGCAUCCAGAUGGGAAUAUUAGCUUUACAAAUUCAGUAAUAUUAUUUUGUGAUACUCUUGUAAGCUGAAUAUAAAAAUGCUAAAAUUCCACCACUCCUAAACCAAGAAGGAUGUAGUGUUCCUGUGUUUGUCACUUUAACUUCUUUAGUGUUGGAUUCUCCUGGAGUGAUAUUUUCAGAUAAUGUGAAUCAUUAUGGGAUUAACCACAGAUGAAUGGUUCUGUCUUGUUGCUAUAAAUGCUCAAUUUUAAACAAUAUGAUACAAGGACUAGAGAUAAAAAUUUAGUUUAAGAUGCAAGAAUAUUAAGACACAUUCCCCCCCCCCCCUUUUUUUUAAAUAUUACUUUGAUCACUUUUGCAUCUCUUGAUGCUGCCAGACCGUUGUCUGUGGCCAGGUUAAACUGAUCAUUACUGAUGCCAGGUUCUCUGCGAUGACUCAUAAUCUACUCAGGCGUUCCCUAGGCUAAGCACACUGGGAGCUAGCUAGUGGUAAAUCAGUGUUUCCUUUGGGCUGCAAAGCUUGGUGUUAACCCAUACAUCGGUUAGAGUGAUUUUGUAAAUGGUGACCAGAGAGCAUCUAGAGAUCUAGGACACAAAUAAUUAAUGAGCACUUUCUUGCUUUCAACAUCCUGUAAGAAAUUCUGAAAAGAAUGUUGUUUAGGAUUUUAUAUUACAUUGUGUGGAGAACUAGAGAGGAAACUAGACAUUUACUAUAAUACUAAUUUUGGAACAUGUUUUAUUUUUGAGAAGUUUGUUUUUUGUUUUUUUUUUAAGUGUCUUUUUAAACUGUUUUACUAUUCAGAACAGUUUAUGUUCACCUUAGAAUAGAGGAAGACAGGCUGCCUCUUACUACAAAGUCCGUGUAGCAAGUGUGUGUGCACGUGCACAUGCAUGGGCAUAUACAAAGGCACACAUCAUUGAUUCCGAGACUUGACUCUAUGUUAAGCAAGACAUCUUGGCUUGUUUGUGGGAAAGAGCUACUCAUUAGUGUAAAAUCAACCAUUUAAAGAGCAUCCUUGGAAGUUUAUCUUGAGAGGGUUGGCUUGUAAUGCUUUGCUUCCUAAAUAGUCAGACCUGCAUCUCUUAAUUUUAGGAAAUCUUCUCCACCCUUGUGACUAGAGAAUAUGUGGAAAUUGGAUUGGGAUUUCUCAGCGAGUCACAGUAGCAUUUACUGUGCUAUAGUAAUGACGUGGGUAAAAAUUGGGAAAGAGAAAUGCACAAAUAAACUGUGUCAUUUGGUAGAUAUUUCCUGUCAUGUGCUGAGCCACACGUAAGCAUGCUUAUGAGGAGGAUGUCUAGUCAGACAUUUAGCCAGCCUGUAUGUCAGUGACAGCUGCAUGUUUUAAUCAUCUACUUAAUAUACAGCUGAACUACUGACAUCAGUGAAAAAGUUGAUUUUAAGAAUGCCUUUGCUUGAACAUGUUACCUGUUGCAAAGCUCCCUCCAUUUGUAAAAAGAUGGCUUUGUCUAAUGGAAGAGAGGAGGACUCACCCAUGGCAACCAUGGCAGAAGGGGAAGAAUUGCAAGUGGUGGCCAAAUAUGACUAUACUGCGGAAAAUGGGCAGGAACUUUCAAUAAGGAAGUCUGAACGGCUAAUCCUGCUGGACGAUUCUAAAGACUGGUGGCGGGUCAAAAACUCGGAAAAUCGCCAGGGUUAUGUACCAUCAAAUUAUGUCAAGAUUGCCAAGCCAAAGUCACUUUUUUCAUCGCUGCUUAAGAAAGGGGCAAAGAAAUCCAAAAAUGAUUCAAAGCAGCAGCCAUCAACAUGUCCUUCACCAUCCCUGAACAACGGCAACACUAGACCCCGCAACAACCUGGACAACUCCGCACCAGCCAGUACACAAGUCCUAGCCCAGUUUCUUCCAGCUAUUGUGAAAUUCAACUAUACAGCACAGAGACAGGAUGAACUGACGUUGGUAAAAGGGGAAAGUAUUCUGGUGAUGGAAAAAUCAAGUGAUGGAUGGUGGAAGGGACAGAAAAAGGACUCAACCUGUGGUUGGUUCCCUUCUAAUUAUGUAGAGGAGGAUGUCACUGGGGGUGACACGGCUGAUAACCUGCUAUACAGCACAGCCGCAGGUGCGGAGGUUGGAAGCGGUGGCUCGCAGUCUGAUGUACCAGAGUUGGUGUUAGCUUUGUAUACAUUUGCUGGAAACAAGUCGGGUGAGCUACCUUUUGAAAAGGGAGAAAAGCUGGAGGUACUGCAAGCAUCUGAAGAGGAUCCAGACUGGUGGCAGGCCAGGAACAGCAGGGGAGAAAUUGGUCUCAUUCCGCGAAACUAUGUCACUGCAGCCGCACAUGACCAAGAGAGUGACCGCACCACCAGUGGCAGUUCCUCCACUCCUCACUCACAGUCCAUCUCCAGCAUCUCCAACACCUCUUUGGCUGGGGUUGUUGGGCGUCGACAGUUUCAUGUUUCAGGGCCACUUGCAGAGCGAGACUGGUAUUAUGGGAAAAUCACAAGACAGCAGUGUGAGGAAAUUCUUACUAGGCAUGCAGAGAAUGGAGAUUUCCUUAUAAGAGACAGUGAAUCUACGACAGGACAUUACACGGUUGUGUUAAAAGCACCUAACAGAAACAAACACUUUAGAGUGCGCGUUCAAGAUAACACAUUUGAAAUUGGACAGCAGAAAUUUAAUUCUCUUGAUGAGUUGAUUGAGCACUACAAGAAGCAUCCCAUCUUCAAACAGGAGAAUGAAAAGUUGUACUUGAUUAAACCCUUCAGUUUCCCAUCACCAUCAUCAUCAGACAAUUUCUGAUUUACUUAGUGUUUAAUGUGCAGCACCAGUUCUUUUGGAGUUGUAAGUUGCAAGAUCUUUUGUGGUGCACCAUGACAAAGGCCAUUUGUGCUGGACUGUUAUAUUAUUUCUUCCUAACAGUGGGCAGACAUUUUUGGAAUCCUACCAAACCGCCUAAUAUGAAGAAAGAAGACAGUUCAUCGCAUGCAUGUGUGUAUGUAUCUGCAUGUGUGUAUGUGCAUUCAUUUAUGUGUAUGUUUGUGAUUGCUGGAAGAUACUGAUUUGGGAAGUUUCGAUGCUUGACCAUACACAGGGAGAACCCUAUGCUUAUGUCCAAGUAAAAUUAUUAAUGUAGUGAUAGUUGUGAGGCUUCUGAACAAGUGAUAAGCAAGCUCAUUAGCAGAAGACUUUUAAGUCCAGAGAAGGGCAAACCUUUUCAAAAGUACAAUACAGUGCAAGUGUUUUUUUAGUAUCACCUAUGUGAAUGCUUAUAUAUGUGUGUGCGCGCAUGUGCGCAUGGGUUGUGCGUGUGUGUGUGAGAGAGAAAAUGAUUGAGGUUGGGCGGACUAAAGUGAUUUUGUGCAUGCUAAAACAUUUAUUAAGUCAAAAUUUUUAUGGGCUGAGGUUUACAUCUGAAUGCUUUAAGCAUAUGUAUGUGCUGUAUAGCUGCUAGGGCCAGAGAGCUUUCCGUGAUGCUUCUUGUCAAGAGAGCACAAUUUCUAAUCAUCAGAAGCAAAUGGUGCAUUUUUUUUUUUUUUACAUCUCCCUUCCCCCCUCCCUUAAAUGAUAUCACAUCGCGGUUCUAGAGGCACUUGAUUAGUGCCUAUCCAUUAUUAAAAAUCGUGAUGGCUUUUUUGAACAAGAUUUCAACGAGUACAUUUUGAUAUAUUCUUGUUGCUUUAUAGAUGAGUGAAAACAGGUGCUUGCAUCAAUAGAGUGCGGAAUAUUGUGGACCAUGUUUGAAAGCAUUCUAAACCACAUUGUCCAGUCACUCACAUAUGUUUAUGCAUUCACACUUAUACCCGCACAUGCACACACACACUCUCUCUCUUACCCCCUCCCCCGACUCUGCGUCUAGUCAAUCAUAAGCUAUAGAUACUCCCUGAGCAUAUUUGAUAUGGAGCAGAAUUUGAUACUUGGUUCAGUUGCAUGACAAAUGCCUUUCACCUGUUUCCUGUGAAUGCCCGAUUUUCAAGCCUGCCAUCAAACAAGUGCAUGAAUACAUGUGAUAAUUACUUAUCAAUACGAGGUUAUGAAGAAUAAUUGUGAAAGAAUCACACCGUGUAGUAAUGUGUUUAAUUUGCUCACAUAUUCUCCACGUACAUAUUUUGUUUGUUUGUUUUUGGUAGACUUAGAUAAGGAGAUGUUGUGGCUAUUGUGACUAUUUUAGUGUCAUGGUAUCUACUUGAAGCCAUAGUCGGAGUUUGUCCAUCUCUUUUGCAUAUAAUGCAGGAGUUGAAAUAUUUCUCUGUGACUAGCUGUACUUGUCUUGGUGUUAAUUAUAAUCUAUUUUAUACUGGACAUUACAAAUACUGUACCCUCUCCCACCAUUCAACAAUGGAAACAAAGUUUAUACAUAUAUGUGAAAGAACUUUUAGUUUCUGUUAUAGUUGUAUGUCAUAACGUGACAUUUCACAGUGUUGCCAGUGCAAACAAUGCAUGUGCAGUCCAUGGCUCGAUCUUUUUAAUGGCAGCCUUCUCCAUAGACCUGGGCUAAGUGCAGUCACAUGACCAUGUUAAUCACUAUCAUCAGUUUCCAUUUUCUUUGUAAUGUUGCCCAUCUGCUUUUUAUAAGGUACUUCAGUCAGCACUUUCCAUACGUUCUUGUUUGUUUUGGUUUUUUUUUUUUUUGUUUCCACGAUCCAUUUUUUUGAGAUGUGCAUUGCUUUGGGUACUGCUGUCAAACAUGCUCUAUACAGGGUUGCUGCCAGUGGCUAGUAAUGCUUCAGCAUUCUAGAACACUGCCUUAUGUGUUGAGUUGGGCUAGAGAUAAACGUGGCAGGUUUUUUUUCCCACAUCUUGAGUGGUAAAGAUAGAAUAGCACUUUCUAGAAAAAAUAUUGUGUAAAACCCAGCUGUGAUCUAAUUGCAUGGUUCCAUCUCUAUCUCACAAAUAACCCUUUGUCAUCUGAUUCAGUAGUAAUUAUGUUACUUUCUUAACCCUUUUGACUGUCUGCCAAAUGUUGACAAAAUAAGUUCAAAAACCAUUGUCAAAAGAUCUGCAUUUAAGAAAAUGACUAAGGGAGUUAAAGAACUGCAUUAGAAAUUGCAUUUCUUGGUCAGAAGAUCUUUUUAUGUUUGCUAAAGUGUGCUGUUGAUUUUUUACACUAAAAAAAAUAGUAAACCAUUUUUCACAGAUUUAGUCAAGGGAAAAACUGCCAAAUCAUCUUGAAUGUUAUAGGUUGUUUUGCUGUCAUCCAUUAUAAACUUGACUACCUGAAAUAUUUAAAACUGAUCCAGACACCAUAGAGAAACAUCUCUUGUGCUUUCCGGUGAGAAUAUUCCUCCCAGUUUUACAAAGUUCUGUUGGAUGUUUUUUCCGCUGUCAUUAAAAUAAACAUAGCUCUGUACUGAUAUUUUGUAGAACUGUGGCUGCAUAAUGGGUUGGGGUUUUUUUCAUGAUUACUUUAAAACUUUGACAAUGGGCAGUCAUUAAAGACCAUAUGUACACCUCUUUGAAGUCAGGGUUUACUUAUGACCACUGUACAGUGAGCUUUAACUUUUUGUUCUCAGGCGUGGGUGAGCGAGAAUCCAUGUUUCACUGCUUGUGCAUGUGUUUGUGUGUGUGUGUGCGUGUGCAAAAUAGAGAAGCUAUUUUGGGCUAUGAAACAGCUAUUUCAUCCAUUUAUUUCCAUGCCAUCACACUAUUUCAUGUGAAACGUCUUGCAAAAGCCCACCCCCACCUCCUUUUUAAAGCAAAUUAACACAUCUUCUCAUUCAUCCAUGCAGUGUAUGGCCUCCCCCUCGAGAAAAAGACAACUUAUUGCAUUAGAUAAUGAGUAGUUGCAGUAUGCUAAAGUUUUAACCUCUUUUUGGGGGGGUUGUUUAGUCAUGUCCAUCAUGUGUGCAUUUUUAGAGAAUGUGUGUUGGAGGUGGGAGGGUGGGUGGUGGUUUGAUUGCAUGAGAUUUUGUAAUUUUUUAUAAACAAGCAUCUUCACUGCUGACACUGGUUGCCAGCACAGCAAGCACAGCAGCUUCUUGGCAAUGUGAUCAAACCUUAAUCCUUUUUUUUUUUUUUUUCCCUGUCUUCAUAUGUUUCAUGUGUGUUAGAAAAAUAUUUUCUAACUGGUCCAGUGCAUAAUUUACAACUGGUAAAUGUAGUGACUGAGGUGCAGAAAAUAAUAUAGAUUCUCAUUGUGUUUGUGUGUGUGCAUGUAUAUGUGAAUUUCUACAUCAAUAAUUUAUGAGUAAAAAUGGCAUUGGUCUUUGGGUGAACAAAUAGACAACCAAGAGCAGUAGUGUAAAUUGGUAUCCAGAGUUACAUGUUUAAAAACUCUUGGGUAGAAACAACAUUGGUAUUGAACUGUCACAUCUUUAUUGUACAUCUUUACAUCUUCAUACAUUCAGAGAAAGACUGCUGGCUGGCUAAGUUCAGAAAAUUGUCAUUUAUUUAGAAUCUCAGUGAACAUUGCAUUUCUCAGUUUCUGUACUGUUCUAACUGAAGGCGACUGGCAGUCACCAAAAGCUAGUAUUAAAGAGACCUAAUGAGGUCUGUGUUGAAUUCCAUUGGGAGACAGACAGGUAUUGCACUGGAUGAUGUUGGUUCUUAUAGAUAAUUGAAAGGAAAUUGGUCUAAUGUUUCUGUUAUAUAUUUUGGCAAUGACUUUUUUUACAAUAUAUGUAAUGACCUUUUGUUUGAAAAGACUUGGCUGCUUUGCACUGUUCAUAAUUUUAUGAAGUAGGGGACAAGAGUUUGCUACUCUUGCUUGCAGUUUGGAGGAGGGCAAAGGUAUGUGGGUGCUAGUCACCUGGUAAACAAAAAGUCUGGCUAUGAAGACAUUUCAGUUGUGAGGUGUUCGGUACAAACUUUGACAAUGCAUCUGAAAUGGCCUAGAUAAGUGUAUAUAUUGCAACAGAAUGAUUUUGAGUGGCAUUUGUGAUUGUAGAAUAUGUAAGAAUUUGUACAAUGAUAUCUUUUCAAGUUGUCACUUUUUUAAAAAGUAUUUAUUCUUUGGAAAAGGGUUGGGGGACUGGAGGCAUUACAAACUAGACCUGUCAUGGACCUGAUUUUGGUAGAAUAGAGCAUAUGCUCAUCCUCAUUCAUCAAUCACUCGUGCACUGGUCACAAAUUAAGUGGGCAGAAGGGACUGGGUCAUCAAUUUGGUUUGUUAUUUUUUAAAUAUAUAUACCAUGGACUGAGAACUUCCUCAUCAAAGCAUUAGGGGGAUGGAGUUGAAUGAUGAACCAUGCUUUGUGUCAGCACAAGUGUGCAUGUGCAUUGUUUGUCCAGUUACAGCAUGCUGCUUGCUUUGCUUUGGCAGGACACAUGAGAAAGAUGCCGAUGGGAGGUGGCGAUAGAUCAUGAAUCCACUUAAUAGGAUUUGGUGGAAAGCUUUAUAGAUCUUGUAGUCCACUGCCUUGCUGAGUUAAGAGAGAAAAAUCAUUUAGUUGUAGUUUCCUGUUUCCUCUGCAGCUUAUCCUCUUAUCUAGCAGAAAUAGUGGAAAAGAUUCUUAUGCUAUGUAUGAUGGACAAUAUGUGAUCUAGUGGUUCGAUCCAUUUGUGCUUUUAUAAUAAUGGAAAAAUGACAUUGUGAUAAAAGUUGUUUGAAUUUUUUUUUUCUGAACUGAAAAAUUGAUCUGCAUAUAUCUUACUGAGAAGUCUCAUCAAAUUGCCUAUGUAAUGCAGAUAUUUUUUCUGGUGAAACGUGUUUAGUUUUUAAGAUGUUAAAGUCAUUUUUCUUCUUUUCGUAGUUGCUGAGGGUGAUAAUGCUUUGUUGGGAAUUGUGUAGAAUGAAAUGUCAGAUAAACUAUAAUGGUCAAAAACUAAUGAACCACCUUAGAGUCUAAAGGUGACCAUGCAACAGUGAUUCUUGAACGUGCCCUUUUAUUAACCAUGGAGUGAGUGGUUUUCAAUAACACAUGCUGUUAGGUCUUGAAAAGACCAUUAGGCAAAACUGUAUCUUUGGUCUGUCUUGGUCACAGUCCUGUUAUUCUUUGAUAUUUAAUAUUAGUAUUUUCCUAGAUGCAUCAGGGUUGUGUGAAAAUUAACAAUAGACCUUUUUUUUUUAAUGGUAGGUUGCAAGCUUUGUAAUUUGCAGCAAACAAAAUGUGUUGGCUUUACAAGUUGAAUGAAAUGUUGGUUUGUUGUUUCAUAAGCUAGGGCCUGACUUGAAAAAACUGAGUUCUCCUGCACGUCAUCUGUCUGCAGAUGUCUUUGUUGUUCUGAUAUUGACCCCCUGAUCUGUCAUGUCAUCAGAUCACACACCUUUGCUUGCUGUUAAAGCUGCAAGGCUUUGCCAACCAUUGCUUUGUACAUAAUCAGUUCACUCAUUUAUCAGCAUUUAUCAGUUAUCAACCUCCCCUCUCACCCUCCAAGUCAUUACACAUUGGCAGUAAUUUAUUUUCAGUCAAUGAUUGUAUUUCUCUCAAGAUGUCAAAAAAUGACAAUAAAAUUUGCCUCUCUUGGCAGAUAUUAUGGCAUGAA